CGAAAUUAAAGUAAUAAGUACGAGGGCCUGAACGUUGGGACGAUCGAGGAGGAUUCUCUUUUCUUUCUCUCACGUUCCCCCAAGCUUUCUCUCUUCAGUUCCUCUACCUGUCUUUGGUGUCAGUCACGCUCGUUCAGCAUAUCCUAUCAAUCAACCCGUCCUGUCGCUUUUGUAUAGCAGAUAUUAUUUACUUCUUACCUAUAGAGAUACUUUACUCUUUAAAUUAGUCAAUAUGAAGACUUCCACUAUUCUCCUUGCUCUGAUGAGCAUUGCGUCCGCUGAGCUCGUCGUCCGUCAAGAUGCAAACUCUACGACGACUCCUGCCGCGACAAUUACCAGCGUCGAUACCUCCCCACAAGCCACUUGUCUUGCAGCAUGUAAUCCCACCGAUGUCAAUUGCCGCGCAGGAUGCGUCGGCGGAGCCCACCCCAACUCAGCCCAAGUCAACCAAACCUACGAGUGCAUCACCAGCUGUCCCAAAGGCGACGGCAGCAAGUCCCAAACAGACCAGUACAACACCUGCGUUGCGAACUGCAUCACCUCCCAUUAUCUCGGCAGCACUGUUGGGCCCGUCCCCGUUGGAACCGGCUCGGCCAGCGUGAGUGCGCAGACUACUGGUACUGGGGCAAGCGGUAGCCAGACAACUGGUGGUGCGGGAGCUCAAAGUACUUCUGGUGCUCAGCCAACUGGAUCGCAAACUUCUGGAUCGGAUGCUUCUGCUUCUGGUUCUGCGGCGCCAACAACCACGUCGAAUUCUGCUAAUGGACCUAUCCUUGUCUCUGCUGGAGGUCUCGCUGGUCUGUUCCUGGCAUUCUUCGCCUUGUAAAUUUGGGAAAGGGGCAAAGGGAAAAGGGGAAGGUGGGGGUGUUGCGCAUGGGGUACCGAAAAUAUUAAGGCGAUAAUAUCGUUCUACUUGGAGUGUUAAGGGGAUUUGGCAGAGUUAAUGUUCUAUGAUGACGAUAUAAUGCGGUUGGAGACCUGGGGGGGUUUUCAGAAUUACAUAAUUCCUUCUCCAUUUUUGUUUGCUUUGUGCUAAGCGAGCCAACCCGUAUUCUGAUUGAUAUGCGCGAACUUCAUUAACAUGUCGUCGAUGUUUUUCCAUCGUGGGGAUCGUAUCAAAGUGCUCGUUCAAUCAUUGCAACCGUUUGGGUUUGUGUUCUCGCAUUCUACCCACUACGUUUCAUUCGACACCCAAGAUCACAUUAGAAGACCCCGAG